AUGGUGAGGGUAAAAAUCACUGAGGCAAAGUUACCGCGAAGGGAUGGAGCAAGGCACUAGGACCUAGGAGGCGUCUCAUCCACCCUGGCAGGAAUUUCUUGCUUGGAGCUCAGACAACAAAGGCAGAGUGAGCCUGGUUUUCUUUCUCUCAGCAUCUCCACCCUGAGCGCUGAAAACCGCUUCAGAUCUUUAGGGUUCACCAAACUAUGGAACUUGAUUUUGGACACUUUGACGAAAGAGACAAGGCGUCCAGAAACAUGCGAGGCUCACGGAUGAACGGGUUGCCCAGCCCCACUCACAGUGCUCACUGUAGCUUCUACAGAACCAGGACCUUACAGGCGCUGAGUAACGAGAAGAAAGCCAAGAAGGUGCGUUUCUAUCGCAACGGGGACCGCUACUUCAAGGGGAUUGUAUAUGCCGUGUCCUCUGACCGCUUCCGAAGUUUUGAUGCCCUCCUGGCCGACCUGACCCGGUCCCUGUCCGACAACAUUAACCUGCCUCAGGGAGUCCGUUACAUUUACACCAUCGAUGGGUCGCGGAAGAUCGGGAGCAUGGAUGAGCUGGAGGAAGGGGAGAGUUAUGUCUGCUCGUCUGACAACUUCUUCAAGAAGGUGGAAUACACCAAGAACGUCAACCCCAACUGGUCUGUCAACGUGAAGACAUCUGCCAACCAGAAAGCACCUCAGUCUCUGGCCAGCAGCAACAGCGCCCAGGCGAAGGAGAACAAAGAUUUCGUGCGCCCCAAGCUGGUGACCAUCAUCCGCAGCGGGGUGAAGCCCCGCAAGGCAGUGCGGGUGCUCUUGAACAAGAAGACUGCCCACUCAUUUGAGCAAGUUCUCACUGACAUCACCGAAGCUAUAAAACUGGAGACAGGAGUGGUCAAAAAGCUGUAUACCUUGGAUGGGAAACAGGUGACCUGUCUCCAUGAUUUCUUUGGGGAUGAUGAUGUGUUUAUCGCCUGUGGUCCAGAAAAAUUCCGCUAUGCACAGGAUGACUUUUCUCUGGAUGAAAGCGAGUGCCGGGUGAUGAAGGGGAGCCCUGCAGCUGCCACGGGCAGUAAGUCCUCUCCCACCCCUCAGAAGAGCUCGGCCAAGAGCCCAGCGCCCAUGCGCCGCAGCAAGUCUCCAGCCGAUUCAGGUAACCAUCAAGAUGCAAACGGGACCUCAAGCAGUCAGCUGUCCACACCCAAAUCCAAGCAGUCCCCGAUCUCCACACCCACCAGCCCAGGGAGCCUCCGUAAGCACAAGGUAGACUUGUAUCUGCCUCUGUCUUUGGAUGACUCUGAUUCCCUUGGAGAUUCCAUGUAGAAGCGACACGGAGCUAAAUGUCCAUAUUGCGAGCAUUGUCUGAGAUACAGCAAAGCACUUCUGCCAAAAUAAGCAGAUAGGUGACUGGUGCUUUCAAAUCAAAGGACACACAGUUAUAUGUCUUUUUUUUUUCCUGUGAUUUAUCCUCUGUGCCACAAAUCAACACCUGCCAGUCUAUAGAGAUAGAGGGAUACCAUUCGUCUGAGUUACAGGGAUGCAAAAUGGACAUUGUGAAAAAUUUGGGGCAUUUCUGUGCAUUUCCCACCUUCUUCUAUUAUUUCUUUUUCUGCUGCAGCUAUGUAAUUUUCCUAGUGAUAGUAAAGUAGCUCCCCUGGAAGUGUGCAAAUGGAUCCCUUGCUGACCAGUUUGCAAGCUCAAGUAGAGCAAAUGAUGUUCUCCACCUGUCCAAACUGCCAGCAUUUGCCAGCUCGCCUGUUCCUCAUUUACAGCCCAAAUUUAGCACCCACAUACUAACCAGUAUUGGUUUUAUUUCUGGAGGGCAGGAAGGGAAAUGACUUACUAGUUUGAUGCUUAAUAUGCCAGCAGAAGCUUGGCUGAGAUUAGGAAUGGCUGUGUAAGAUGCUAAGUAAGGUUAGUACAAUAAUUCAAAUUAUUCAAAUAUUGGGAUUUAAAAAAAAUUAAGCAAAAACCCAUAAAUCAGUUCUCUGGAGUGGAACACCUUCCACAAACAACCCAAGGGUACUGCUAGCUGGUAAGAAAUAUUUAUACCUCCCCUAUGGUAUCUCUCUAUCUCUGUUUGUAACAGUAAUGCCUUGUGAACAGCCAACACUGAAAACACUGUGAGAAUUUGUUUUCAGGUUUGACACCCUAUGGUCACUUUUUAUAGCAAAAAAUCAAUACACUUUUUAUAAAGGAAAA